AUGGGGAUCGUGUUUCCACUGAUAUAUUUGGAUAAUCCUAGUGGAGAUGCCCAGAGAGAUGGGCUGGAUUUGUCCUACAACUUCAGUAACGCGAUGGCAUCUUUGGCUUUGGUGGAAGAUCUUCUCGCAGACGAGGUCCUCCCUCGUAAGGAGAUGGUCAUUCUGACUCCUUACCAGGCGCAGUGGAUGCGUUACCUCGAUUACCUCGAUCGUCUUCGAAAACAACGACCCGAUCUUCGAGUUGCAGAUGUUUUCGUUUUCAAGGCGGACUCGUUCCAGGGGCAGAGGCCCCGGUUGUUAUCGUGGACCUCGUGGUCACCACAAAGGCCGGGUUCGUGGGACAAGCGAAUCGACUGA